AUGAACAUGUCUCAAAGGAUAGGACCUGAUCCGCCUCCACCACAUAUGCGAAUUCUGCGGACUCAACCUGCUGGUAAUCUCGGAGAGGCUUUUGACAGUGAAGUGGUGCCAUCGUCUAUCGUGGAGGUUGCUCCGCUCCUUCUUGCAGCCAAUGAAGUAGAAGCUAUUAACCCUCGUGAGAAUGAGACAACUCCUGCAGGAACGCAGAAGAGUGAUGCACGCGAAAUGCAAAGUUUCUAUCAACACUACGACAAGAAAUAUAUCCAACAAUUGCUAAACGCUGAUGAUAACACUGACCGUACUCAACUUACAAAGGCAUAUCAAACCGCUGCUGUUCUCUUUGAAGUCUUGAAGGCUCUUAAUCAGACAGAAGAUGUAGAAGUGGCUGAUCAUGAGAUAUCUCAAAUUGCUGGUAAUCUCGGAGAGACUUUUGAUAGUGAAGUGGUGCCAUCGUCUAUUGUGGAGGUUGCUCCGAUUCUUCGUGUAGCCAAUGAUGUAGAAGCUAUUAACCCUCGUGUUGCUUACUUAUGUCGGUUUUAUGCGUUUGAGAUGGCACAUAAGGCUGAUCCCACGUCAAGUGGACGUGGUGUUCGCCAAUUUAAGACUGCGAUUCUUCAACGCUUAGAACGGGAGAAUGAAAAAAAUCCUGCAGGAACGCAGAAGAGUGAUGCACGCGAAAUGCGAAGUUUCUAUCAACACUACUACAAGAACUAUAUCCAACCUUUGCUAAACGCUGCUGACAAAGCUGACCGUGUUCAACUUUCAAAGGCAUAUCAAACUGAGGCCAUUCUCUUUGAAAUUAUAAAGUCUACUAAUCAGACAGAAGAUGUGGAUGUGGCUAAUGGGAUUUUGGAAGCUCACAAAAAGGUCGAAGAAGAAAAAAGCCAAAUUCACACGCGUUGA